GCCUGACUAAGUGCUUCCGGGUCCCGGCCGCCGGAGUGGCGCGUUGAUGGUGUAGAACAGACGCCCGUGUUUGGUUCGCGGGACAUCGGAGAGUGACGGGCCAUGUCGCUGUCCCACUUGUACCGGGACGGGGAAGGCCACAUGGAUGAGGACGAGGAUGAGCAUGAGAACUUUGAGAUCACCGACUGGGAUCUCCAGAAUGAGUUCAACCCCAACCGGCAGCGCCACUGGCAGACCAAGGAAGAGGCCACCUACGGGGUGUGGGCAGAGCGAGAUUCAGAUGAGGAGCGACCCAGCUUUGGAGGCAAACGGGCUCGGGAUUACUCUGCACCGGUCAGCUUCAUCAGCGCGGGGCUCAAGAAAGGGGCGGCUGAGGAGGCAGAGCUGGCAGAUUCUGAUGACGAAGAGAACCCUGUGAAGCAGGAUGACUUUCCUAAGGACUUCGGACCAAAGAAGUUAAAAACGGGAGGCAAUUUUAAACCCAGCCAGAAAGGUUUUGCUGGAGGAACCAAGUCGUUCAUGGACUUUGGCAGCUGGGAAAGACACACAAAAGGGAUUGGGCAGAAGCUUCUUCAGAAGAUGGGCUAUGUCCCUGGAAGGGGCCUUGGGAAGAAUGCACAAGGUAUAAUCAACCCUAUUGAAGCCAAACAGAGAAAGGGAAAAGGUGCUGUGGGGGCUUACGGCUCGGAGCGCACCACUCAGUCCCUGCAAGACUUCCCCGUGGUUGACUCCGAAGAGGAAGCUGAAGAGGAUUUCCAGAAGGAGCUGAGCCAGUGGAGGAAAGACCCCAGUGGAAGCAAAAAGAAGCCCAAGUACUCUUACAAGACAGUGGAAGAGUUGAAGGCCAAGGGCAGGAUCAGCAAGAAACUCACCACUCCCCAGAAGGAGCUUUCUCAGGUCAAGGUCAUAGACAUGACAGGCCGUGAGCAGAAGGUCUACUACAGCUACAGCCAGAUCAGCCAUAAGCACAAUGUCCCUGACGACGGGCUGCCACUACAGUCGCAACAGUUACCACUGCCCGGCAAAGAGGCUAAGGCCCCGGGCUUUGCACUGCCCGAGCUGGAGCACAACCUGCAGCUCCUCAUCGACCUCACGGAACAGGAGAUCAUCCAGAGUGACCGGCAGCUACAGUACGAGCGGGACAUGGUGGUCAACCUGUCACACGAGCUGGAGAAGAUGUCCGAGGUGCUAGACCACGAGGAGAGGGUCAUCUCCAACCUCAGCAAGGUCCUGGAGAUGGUGGAGGAGUGCGAGCGGCGGAUGCAGCCCAACUGCAGCAACCCCCUUACCCUGGCCGAGUGCGCCCGCAUCUUCGAGACCCUGCAGGACAAGUACUACGAGGAGUACAGGAUGUCCGACCGUGUGGACCUCGCCGUGGCCAUCGUCUACCCGCUCAUGAAGGAGUACUUCAAGGAGUGGGACCCCCUCAAAGACUGCACAUAUGGCACCGAAAUCAUUUCCAAGUGGAAAAGCCUCCUGGAGAAUGACCAGCUCUUGUCCCACGGUGGGCAGGACCUCUCAGCAGACGCCUUUCACAGGCUGAUAUGGGAAGUCUGGAUGCCGUUUGUCCGAAAUAUCGUCACCCAGUGGCAACCAAGGCACUGUGACCCAAUGGUGGACUUCCUGGACAGCUGGGUGCACAUCAUCCCCGUGUGGAUCUCAGACAACAUCUUGGACCAGCUCAUCUUCCCCAAGCUGCAGAAGGAGGUGGAAAACUGGAACCCGCUGACGGACACUGUCCCCAUCCACUCGUGGAUCCACCCGUGGCUCCCCCUCAUGCAGGCACGGCUGGAGCCACUCUACUCCCCCAUCCGCAGCAAGCUGUCCAGCGCUCUGCAGAAGUGGCACCCCAGCGACUCCUCGGCCAAGCUCAUCCUCCAGCCAUGGAAGGAUGUCUUCACCCCCGGCUCCUGGGAAGCGUUCAUGGUCAAGAACAUCGUGCCCAAGCUGGGGAUGUGCCUCGGGGAGCUGGUCAUCAACCCCCACCAGCAGCACAUGGACGCCUUUUACUGGGUGAUCGACUGGGAGGGGAUGAUCUCCGUCUCCAGCCUCGUGGGGCUUCUCGAAAAGCACUUCUUCCCCAAGUGGCUUCAGGUGCUGUGCUCCUGGCUCAGUAACAGCCCCAAUUACGAGGAGAUCACUAAGUGGUACCUGGGCUGGAAAUCCAUGUUCUCAGACCAAGUGCUGGCCCACCCAUCUGUCAAGGACAAAUUUAACGAAGCACUUGAUAUCAUGAACAGGGCUGUGUCCUCCAAUGUUGGUGCCUACAUGCAGCCCGGAGCACGGGAGAACAUCGCCUACCUCACCCACACAGAGCGGAGGAAGGACUUCCAGUAUGAGGCCAUGCAGGAGCGGCGGGAAGCUGAAAACAUGGCCCAGAGGGGCAUUGGUGUGGCUGCCAGCUCGGUGCCCAUGAACUUCAAGGACCUGAUCCAGACCAAGGCUGAGGAGCACAACAUCGUCUUCAUGCCCGUCAUCGGGAAGCGGCAUGAGGGGAAGCAGCUCUACACCUUCGGCCGCAUUGUGAUCUACAUUGACCGGGGAGUGGUGUUUGUCCAGGGGGAAAAGACCUGGGUGCCCACCUCCCUGCAGAGCCUGAUCGACAUGGCCAAGUAGAUGGCCGCAGGGCCGGAGCAGGCCCAAGACUUGGACCUCAGAGGGCAUUCAAAAUGUUUCCUGUGAAUAAAAGUAUUUUAAAUGAA